AUGGAUAAGCCGAUGGCAAGAUCCACGGGGUUUGACGCAUCUCGGGAAGCGAAACAGCCAUUUCCACCACUCCUGGACGAAUUGACCUCGCCAGAGGAGCCUCAGGAGAGCUUCGCCGAAGAUGAGAGUCUAGCUUCGCCAGGAUGUGAAGAGAUUGAAGUGGAAGACGAUGCGGACUUUCAGUCGCACUAUUCACUCGAACCACAGUCGCUGUCGGAAUCAGACUCGGACGAUUCAGUUGACAAGUUCGGAAUGCACCAUCCGUUCAGGCAGUCAACGGGCUCGCUUCAUGGUCCUAAUGCCUUUGCGCCCCCGUUCUAUAACCGACCGCCGACUCCUCUGCCACCGUCCCCUUCUCUGACAUCCCUGCUGCGACCGCCAUUCUCGACGACCACUUCUCGUCCGAGUACCCCUGAUAGCUCUGAUGUAGAGACGCCGAACGACACAGAGGCAGCGGUGGCCAAGUCCGCGCGGCGCGCGACUACGGUCCCUCGUGCGAGCCCAAAGGUGCCAACGUAUGAAUACUACGGCUUUGUGCUGUAUUUGGCGUCCUCGCUCGCGUUUUUAAUAUACCUGCUGUGGUCCUACCUGCCUUCUCCCUUCCUCCAUCAGCUUGGCAUUUACUACUACCCUAACCGGUGGUGGUCCUUGGCCAUUCCAUCCUGGCUUGUGAUGUGCUUAGUCUAUAUCUAUGUCGCACUUGCCUCCUACAACACCGGCUACCUGACUCUACCCAUGCACAGCAUCGAGAACAUCGUCGAUGAGGUGGCCAAUGUUGCGGUCAUUGAUGGGAAAGCGAGGCGUCGGCCCGGAGGCUCUACCAAAAUGAAGCCUGGGGCGACCUCAUACCAAAUUAUGGGUCCUCAGAACCGGAAGGUCAACUGGCGAGAAAUUUGGAGUGAAGGCACGGACGCGGUCAUGGAUAUACCUGUCGGCGGUGUUUGUGAGGUACUCUAUGGCCAGGAACGGGACGAUGAUGCAGGAUCCUCAACCAGUUGA